GAGAGGCAAGUGGUUCGCAGCGCCCGGCCGGGCGCCCCACACCCGCAGCCGUCAGACGGCAGCGCCUGCGCCCGUGCCGGUGCCCACCCCAGCCGGUGCGCGGGAGCCGCCGGGCAAAGGCGCAGCGGCCGGCGGACAGGUGGACGAUUUCGCUGCCUCGCCCGCUGUCUGCACCCUGAGAAGCCAAGCCCGCAAGCCCAGCAUCCGCCCUCCGAAAUGAAGAAGCUCCAGGGAGCUCACCUCCGCAAGCCCAUCACCCCAGACCUGUUGAUGACCCCCAGCGACCAGGGAGAUGUGGACAUGGAUGUGGACUUUGCUGCAGACCGGGGGAACUGGACAGGCAAGCUGGACUUCCUGCUGUCCUGCAUUGGCUACUGCGUGGGCCUGGGCAACGUCUGGCGCUUCCCCUAUAGAGCCUACACCAAUGGAGGAGGUGCCUUCCUGGUGCCCUACUUCCUCAUGCUGGCCAUCUGCGGCAUCCCCCUCUUCUUCCUGGAGCUCUCCCUUGGUCAGUUCUCCAGCCUGGGACCCCUGGCUGUCUGGAAAAUCAGCCCCCUCUUCAAAGGUGCGGGCGCGGCCAUGCUGCUCAUCGUGGGCCUGGUGGCCAUCUACUACAACAUGAUCAUCGCCUACGUCCUCUUCUACCUCUUCGCCUCCCUCACCAGCACCCUGCCCUGGGAGCACUGCGGCAACUGGUGGAACACAGGCCGCUGCCUGGAGCACCGGGGCGCCAAGGAGGGCAACGGGGCGCUGCCCCUCAACCUCACCAGCACCGUCAGCCCCAGCGAGGAGUACUGGAGCCGCUAUGUCCUGCACAUCCAGGGCAGCCAGGGCAUCGGCAGUCCUGGGGAGAUCCGCUGGAACCUCUGCCUCUGCCUGCUGCUGGCCUGGGUCAUCGUCUUCCUCUGUAUCCUCAAGGGUGUGAAGUCCUCGGGCAAGGUGGUGUAUUUCACGGCCACAUUCCCCUACCUCAUCCUGCUCAUGCUGCUGGUCCGCGGAGUGACCCUCCCUGGGGCCUGGAAGGGCAUCCAGUUCUAUCUCACCCCCCAGUUCCACCACCUGUUGUCUUCCAAGGUGUGGAUCGAAGCUGCUCUUCAGAUAUUCUACUCCCUGGGUGUGGGCUUCGGGGGUCUCCUCACCUUUGCCUCCUACAACACAUUUCACCAGAACAUCUAUAGAGACACCUUCAUCGUCACUCUGGGCAAUGCCAUCACCAGCAUCCUGGCUGGCUUCGCCAUCUUCUCCGUGCUGGGCUAUAUGUCUCAGGAACUGGGUGUGCCUGUGGACCAAGUAGCCAAAGCAGGCCCCGGCCUGGCCUUUGUGGUCUACCCACAGGCCAUGACCAUGCUGCCCCUGUCCCCCUUCUGGUCCUUCCUCUUCUUCUUCAUGCUUCUGACCCUCGGCUUGGACAGCCAGUUCGCCUUUCUGGAGACCAUCGUGACAGCUGUGACGGACGAGUUCCCGUACUACCUGCGGCCCAAGAAAGCUGUGUUCUCAGGCCUCAUCUGUGUGGCCAUGUACCUGAUGGGGCUGAUCCUCACCACCGACGGAGGCAUGUACUGGCUGGUCCUUCUGGAUGACUACAGUGCCAGCUUUGGACUGAUGGUGGUCGUGAUCACCACGUGCCUUGCCGUCACCCGGGUGUAUGGCAUCCAGAGGUUUUGCCGAGACAUCCACAUGAUGCUGGGCUUCAAGCCGGGCCUCUACUUCAGGGCCUGUUGGCUGUUCCUGUCCCCAGCCACACUCCUGGCCCUGCUGGUGUAUAGCAUCGUCAAGUACCAGCCCUCAGAGUAUGGCAGCUACCGCUUCCCCGCCUGGGCCGAGCUGCUGGGCAUCCUCAUGGGCCUGCUGUCCUGCCUCAUGAUCCCAGCUGGCAUGCUAGUGGCUGUGCUUCGAGAGGAGGGCUCUCUCUGGGAGAGGCUCCAGCAGGCCAGCCGGCCAGCCAUGGACUGGGGCCCGUCGCUGGAGGAGAACCGGACAGGCAUGUACGUGGCCACGCUGGCUGGGAGCCAGUCACCCAAACCAUUGAUGGUGCACAUGCGCAAGUACGGGGGCAUCACCAGCUUCGAGAACACGGCCAUCGAGGUGGACCGAGAGAUUGCGGAGGAGGAGGAGUCCAUGAUGUGAGGCAGAAGGCAGGCAGACGGGAGGCCCUGUCUGGGGCCACACAGGCCCUCUAUGGGGGCUGCAAGAGGCAGCUAUGACUGCCGGGAAUCUGAGAGGCUAUGGGAGAUUGCUACAGAGAUGCUGGUGUCCCCAGGACAAGUUGAAGUCUCUCCUGUGACCUCUGCCUUGCCUGAACCCUCUGGCCAGCCCCCUACACACACACACACAUCCUUCAAAAUGAGAAGACAGUUCAGCCUUCACUUUGCAGAUGAACAUGUGAGGCCAAGGAGGGUGGGGCCUGGCCCAAGGUCACAUGGCCGAGAGGACUUGGCCCCCAGCCUCUGAACUGGUUGCUCCCUUUCUCUUGGGGCAGUGGGCACCACAUUCCCAUUUCAUUCAGGGCCCAGAUCCUCCUUUGCUCCAGAAGCGGUCCUUCCACACUUUCACACAACUGAACUUGAACCUGGGGUUCAGGGCAGCCAUAGGCAUUUGAAGCUCCCAAGUCGCUGGGAGUUAAAGGUCAAUAAAUUAAGUGAGGAGAAAGAUCCCUGUGGGUUCCUGUGUGCAGGCAGGCUCCCUGAAGGGGUGGGAGCCGAGGGUCCUGGAGGAGGAGGAGGUUUGCAGAGAGGGAAAAGAAGGAGGGCCUCAGCCAGAGCUGCCUGGUGGGGCCAGGAGGAAGCUGACCUGCUGGGUUGAAAACCAAGAGUGGCCAGAGAUGCUGGGGUUAGGUUCCAAGAGGGCUCAAGUCAGAGCGAAGAACAGCAAGGAGAGAGGAGAGGGACGGCUGGGGGUGGGAGGGGAUUUGCAUGAUACAGAAUAUCAUUUUGGACCUGUGCAGGGUUGGUUAGGGGACAGGGUAGAAGUGGGAGGCUGUGGAGGGCGGGGUGGAGGUGCUGGUGGCCUGAAUUAGGACCUGGAGUGGGGGUGGGGAAAGGAAGGCUGUCAGAGAGGCCAUACCUUCACCCAGUGGACCUUGUGCCCUGCGCCUGGGAGGACAAACAGCCUCUGCUGUGGAGGUAGUCUCAGUCAGGGGUCUUAGGAUCCAGGGCCUCUCUCCCCUCUGCCCCAUCCUGGCAGCCCCUACCAUCACCUCCAGCUCCAGGCGCUGCUGGAAAAUUGGUCUUGGCUGUGAAUGUCAAGGGCAACUGAGGGUCUCAGAGAUGGUCCCAACAGGAUCAUCUGGUCCUGAUGCCACCCACCCUGCUCCGGGGAAGGCAUGAGGGCAGAGGGCAGUCCUGGAGCUGUGGGUCCCUGAGAAAUGAGAUGCGCAGGCAUGCUGAGCCGGUGUCCAGCACAUGGCCCUCCCGGGUGCGGCAGGUGUCCCCGGGGGGCUAUGGCGGGCCCUCCUGUCCUGCCUCUCCUGGCAUCUCCCCACCCCUCUGUGUUCUCUUGGUUGAUUGUUAAUAAAUACCAAAUGAGGUCAUCCUC